CCCACUUCUUUCUCUCUGUCUUUCACAAGCCCCAUCUGGUCUGGUCCAAACACGUUCAACCAAGAUCAAAACCCACCGUCUCUCUUCUUUCUCUCUUUCUCUCUCUCUCCAAAUUUAUUAGUCCUUUUAAUACCUGAAGGAAAGUAAAAGAAACUCCUUCUCCAUUAUUUCUCACAUAUGCCCAGCUUUGCAUCACUCCUCAUUCAUGGCAACUCUCUUACCUUAGUCCAAAACCGCCGGCCCUGCAUAGUUCCUAUGCUGGGGCUGCAAAUUCAAGCGAACCCAUCUUCCUGAAACCCUGUUGUGAAUUAAAGUUGAAAGGAUAAAAGGGAAAAAAAAAGAUGGUUUUCAAAGGCAGGUUUUUUUCUUCUAAAAAAUCUGAUACUUCUAGCCCAGAUGGAUCUUCUAAUAGUCCGAGAUCGUGGGGAUCGAAUUCCCCGAUCCGAUCGGAUAAAAAGAAAGUUAAAUCUGCUAGUGUUUCUUCCAAAGAUAAUUCUCCCGUCAGUAGCGGUACUAGUACUAGUUCUAGUGGUUUUAGUAAGAAAGAUGGGAAAGGGAAGGAAACCCUUUUGAAAAGUUCCAGUUCUAGUCAGGCUAGGGAGUUGGGGAAGCCCAGUACAGGAUUUUCGAGUAGUUUGAAGUCGAAAAAAGGCAUUGGGGUUGAGAAAUUAGGGGGGAAAGAUGGGAAAGAAGUUGGGCCUACUCCAUCGGCUGCGGCGGCGGUGUCGAUGUCUCCGAUAGUGGCUUCGUCGUUGGGGUUGAAUAAGAUUAAGACGCGAUCGGGGCCGUUGCCUCAGGAGAGUUUUUUGGGGUUUGGGAGUGGGAGGGAAAAGGGGAGUGCUUUGGGGGCUAGUAAUUUGUCGAAGGCGUUUAUUGGUGGUGGGGCAAAUAGUGGGUCGAGUUUGGGGUCUGGGAAGAAGAGUGGUGGUGUGAAGAAGGAUGGAGGUGGUGGUGAGGAGAAAAAGAAGUUGAUUGGAAAUAUAGAAAAUGCUGGUUGGAUUGAUAAUGGCAGCAACUCAGAUAGUAUGUCGACUGAGAGUGGACCAUCGAGGGAGCAGAGCCCACAUGUCCAGGCUCCAUCGAGGUUACAGAAUGCAGAUUCCUCCACUGAAGCUGGGCGAUUCAAUUCUUCAUGGGACCACUCUGGAGGCCCAAGAAGUUCCGAUGUUUAUACUCCAGACGUGAAGACAUCAUAUGAAUGUGAUAACCCAAAAGAAUCGGAAUCUCCCCGCUUUCAAGCUAUACUUCGCGUGACAAGUGCACCAAGGAAGAGGUUUCCUGGGGAUAUCAAAAGUUUCUCCCAUGAAUUAAAUUCGAAAGGUGUACGACCUUUUCCAUUUUGGAAGCCUCGAGGCUUAAAUAACUUGGAGGAGGUUUUGGGGAUGAUAAGGGCAAGGUUUGACAAAGCAAAGGAAGAAGUCGAUGCUGAUCUGCAUAUUUUUGCAGCAGAUUUAGUUGGAGUUCUGGAAAAGAAUGCUGAAAACCAUCCUGAAUGGCAAGAAACCAUUGAGGACUUAUUAGUGUUGGCUCGGAGUUGUGCUAUGACACCAGCAGGGGAAUUCUGGCUUCAGUGUGAAGGCAUUGUGCAAGAGUUGGAUGAUAGGCGUCAGGAGCUUCCCAUGGGUGUGCUGAAGCAGCUUCAUACACGCAUGCUUUUUAUCCUCACUAGGUGUACUAGAUUGUUGCAGUUUCACAAGGAAAGUGGGUUUGCUGAGGACGAAAACACCUUCCAGCUUCGUCAAUCGCUUCAACCUGUGGACAAUCGCAUUCCUUCUGCCACUGGAAUGGGUGGAAAGGUUUCUAGUGCUUCAAAGGCAUCAAAGACCUCUACCACACGGAAAUCUUACAGUCAAGAGCAGCGUGGUUUGGAAUGGAAGAAAGACCAUGGUGUGAAACCGGGAAAUUUGCUGUUAUCGCCUACUGAUGCUGCAAAGAACUUGGACUCUCCUAGCAGGGACCGGAUGGCUUCUUGGAAGAAAUUUCCUUCCCCUGUGACAAAAAGCCCAAAAGAAGCUGUUUCAUUGAAGGAGCAGGAUGAUAGUAAUGUUGAAGCUACCAAGAUAUUAAACAACAGAAGGGUACUUCAGGAUGGCGACCUAGCUACUGCUAAGCUUCCUGAAGUAUCUUCGGCCAGAGAUACUCAGGGACAUUCUUCCCUUCCAAUUAAGCACCAGCAUAAAGUUUCCUGGGGUUACUGGGGAGACCAACCAAGUGUAUCUGAUGAGAGUUCAAUAAUUUGUCGCAUUUGUGAAGAAGAGGUUCCUACUUUACAUGUGGAAGAACACUCUAGGAUUUGUGCAAUUGCUGAUCGUUGUGAUCAAAAGGGUCUAAGUGUCAAUGAGCGCCUGCUUAGGAUAUCCGAAACUCUUGAGAAGCUAAUGGAAUCAUUUUCUCAUAAAGAUUUUCAACAUACUGUAGGGAGUCCUGAUGGUGUGGCUGCAAAGGUAUCAAACUCAAGUGUAACCGAAGAGUCUGAUAUGGUGUCUCCAAAACUGAGUGAUUGGUCUCGAAGAGGCUCAGAGGACAUGCUCGACUGUUUUCCAGAAGUAGAUAAUUCUGCUUUCAUGGAAGAUCUGAAAGGUUUACCAUCAAUGUCAUGUAGAACUCGUUUUGGUCCCAAAUCUGAUCAAGGAAUGGCAACAUCAUCAGCAGGCAGCAUGACACCUAGGUCCCCAUUGAUGACGCCACGGACCAGCCAGAUUGACUUGUUAUUGGGAGGAAAAGGUGCUUACUCCGAACAUGAUGAUAUUCCCCAGAUGAAUGAACUUGCUGAUAUUGCUCGAUGCGUUGCAAACACUCCCCUAGAUGAUGAACGCUCUUUGCCAUAUUUGCUCACUUGCCUUGAAGACUUGAGGGUUGUCAUUGAUCGUAGAAAGCUGGACGCUCUUACCGUUGAGACUUUUGGAGCACGUAUAGAGAAGCUCAUUAGGGAAAAAUAUUUGCAACUUUGUGAGCUAGUUGAUGAUGACAAAGUUGACAUAUCGAGCACUGUCAUAGAUGAAGAUGUUCCUCUGGAAGAUGAUGUUGUACGUAGCUUGAGAACAAGCCCAAUACAUUCCAGUAGGGAUCGGACCUCUAUAGAUGACUUUGAGAUUAUUAAACCAAUAAGUCGGGGGGCAUUUGGCCGUGUUUUUCUGGCCAAAAAGAGAACAACAGGGGACCUGUUUGCGAUAAAGGUUCUUAAGAAGGCAGAUAUGAUACGCAAGAAUGCUGUUGAGAGUAUUUUAGCAGAACGCGAUAUUUUAAUUACUGUUCGCAAUCCUUUUGUGGUUCGCUUUUUUUACUCGUUUACUUGUCGGGAAAACUUGUACCUUGUGAUGGAGUACUUGAAUGGUGGGGAUCUUUAUUCAUUAUUAAGAAAUCUGGGGUGCUUGGAUGAAGAUGUAGCUCAUGUAUACAUUGCUGAAGUUGUUCUUGCUUUGGAAUACUUGCAUUCCAUGCGCAUUGUUCAUCGGGAUUUGAAGCCUGAUAAUCUGUUAAUUGCGCAUGAUGGUCAUAUAAAGUUGACAGAUUUUGGGCUCUCUAAAGUUGGUCUCAUCAACAGUACUGAUGAUUUAUCUGGUCCAGCAGUCAGUGGAACAUCCCUGAUGGAGGAGGAUGAUUCCCACAUAUCUGCAUCUGACAGUCAAGAUAGGCGUAAGAAACGUUCUGCUGUUGGUACGCCUGACUAUUUGGCCCCAGAGAUCCUUCUGGGAAUGGGGCAUGGAUUUACUGCGGAUUGGUGGUCAGUGGGGGUUAUAUUGUUCGAACUAAUUGUUGGUAUCCCACCUUUCAACGCGGAGCAUCCUCAGAAAAUUUUUGACAAUAUUCUGAACCGUAAGAUACCUUGGCCACGGGUCCCUGAAGAGAUGAGUCCUGAGGCACUGGAUCUGAUUGAUCAGUUGAUGACAGAAGAUCCUAAUCAAAGACUUGGAGCAAGAGGAGCAUCAGAGGUGAAGCAACAUCCAUUUUUUAGAGAUAUUAACUGGGACACGCUAGCUAGACAAAAGGCUGCUUUUGUUCCUGCUUCGGAGAAUGCAAUUGAUACAAGUUACUUUACCAGUCGUUAUUCAUGGAACCCUUCAGAUGAGCAUGUCUAUGCAGCCAGUGAAUUUGAAGAUUCCAGUGACAAUGGUAGCAUGAGUGAUAGUAGUAGUUGCCCAAGCAAUCGCCAUGAUGAGCUGGGAGAUGAAUGCGGCGGGCUUACAGAAUUUGAAUCCAACUCUUCCAUCAACUACUCGUUUAGCAAUUUCUCAUUCAAGAAUCUGUCCCAGCUCGCAUCGAUCAAUUAUGACUUGCUUACUAAAGGCUGGAAAGACGAUCAGUCGACAAAUCGCAAUGCAUGACAAGAUGAGCGAUUUUGGCAGUACAAAACCCAUUGUGGAGGCAAAGUAUCUCCCAGUUUGUAUACCCUUGUAAAUAUUGCAGAUAUAGAGAGGCAGCUUAAAGGCUUAUAAUUUGCGCAGGACUUUUGCUUUUACGUAGAAAGGCAACAGCCCUCCCUUAUGUGUUGGGGGGUUUUCAGUUUUACAGUCGAAUUUGGUUUAUUAUUUGGUUUUGAGGAAGCCAAUUUGUGUUUCUGAUUUUCUUUGAAGCUAGCUGGGCCUGCGUGAAUUCAUGGUCUUAGCUUUGAAAAUUCUAAUUAAGUACAGAUUUCUCUACAGCAAUGAAACAAUUCUCUUUGGAUUUUCAGA